GAGAGAGAGAGAGAGAGAGAGAGAGAGAGAGAGAGAGAGAGAGAGGAUUGCCGCGCAAAAUAAUCGAGCGAGCUCGCGUUGGCUCAGCCACCUGGACUUAUCAGUGCAAUGUUUUUUUGCUUCAUAAUUUACGGAGUAACAUAGCCGGCUGCUCGAAGGCAGCAGUUGCCUGAUCAAACACCUGACUUAUCGUCAUUUAUGCGGGUUGAAAAACGAGCACGAAAGUGAACGCGCAGACAAAGCACGUCCGCGAGUGGCGUGCCUCGCGAGCCUCGUCGGCGAGAUGCAACGGCGACGAUUGCACGGAUGAGACAAAAGUGGGAAAGUAGGGCCGUCAGCGACCAGCCGAUUGGAAACGUUGCAGCUGAAGAAGAGCGAGUUGGCGCGGGCACGUGGCCACGCGAGCAGGCAGCGCUCGGCCACUUAACAUUGACACUGGCGUGGCGGGCGAGCGUGUGCCGCUAGAGCGAGAUGUCUAAUCACGUAGCGCGAGACGGAUCGCGUCACUCUGCUCGUAAAUCCAGUUCUCGUUGCCGCUGACCAACGGACCGCGGUGCUCGGCGCGGAGCUGUCCGCCGGGGAGCCCGCGCUCUUCAUUUGCCUGACAAUGCGAGCCGCGCGAAUCGCUCCAUAAAUAAUGCAAGAGAUGUAGGCGCCGCGAUAGUAAACGUGACCGAAAAUCGAAUAAACAAAGAGAGACGCAAAUCGGCCAGCGAGCGACGCUUUGUUGCGUCCGCGAAAUUUCCCUGUCGAGCGGAAUCGGGCGGAAAAAACGCCGCUCCAAUCGCGACCACCAGGGCCUUUGUCGCGGCCCCGCGCGGCAGUGCCUAGCACUGCUAACCCAAUUAAGCGAGGGCCCGAUAGCCGCUGGCGGACGGAAGCCGGCGACGACGCCCCGCGCCGAUCACCGCGCCGAUCGCCGCGUCGUGGUUUAUCUUAAUGGUCGGCGGUAUCGGAGCCAUUUGCGAAAGCCGCCGCCGCCCAGUCGAAAAUUGAAAAUAAAGCGCUCGCCGUCAAUUUGAUUAGCGCGACGUGCGCAUCCAGCAAUUAGCCGAGCCGUCGAGGCCGAGAUAUCGCCGGGCACGCGCCUCUUCGACCUCUAGCUUGGCGACGAUCCGUAAGUGCCGGAGCGACCACUCGGGCGCGCGUCGAUAAGCCCGCGACGAAAACACGCCGAAUUUACGACUCGCGUUGCGAAACAGCACCCGCGCCGCCCCUUCGACGACUCCGUUGGCUUUCCGGGCCUACGGUCUACGACCACGCAUGGGGUCGGCGCUGCUUUUCCACGACGCGAUUUGCAAGUUACAUUGUCGCUAUCUCCAUAUCUCUCUCUCUCUCCCUCUCCCCCUCCCCCUCCCUCUCUUGCUCGCCGCCGAAAUCUUGCGCGCUUUGCGUAAUCGCACGUUCGUUACGCUAUCGAGCCGACGAAAGCACGUCGAACGCAUUCUUUGUGGUGCUGCAUAACGAACGCCCGGUAGAAAGUCACGCAUCCUGUUCGAACGAUUGUUUCGACGCGCUGAAAAGCGACAUUUGCAUCGGCGCGAGGCAAUCCGCGCGGAGAUCGGUCGAACGCGAGCGGAGCUCGCGACAGGAGUUUGGCACGCGGCUGAACGAGGCGAUUCGGCUGUCCAGGUCGGCGCGCAGGCGGAGCGCGCUCGGGCGAGCCAAGGUCGCGGGGCGGACGAUCAGAGCCGGUGCCGAGAGCGCGGACAGUGAUGGUGCAGUCGGCUGGCGCACGCGAUGACUGUGGCUGCAGCCGUGGCGGCACCGUGGCACCGCGCCCACGUCUAUAAGGCCCUCGGCGGCGUCGUCUUCGUGCUGAUCGCCCUGCAGUACCUGCUCAGCGGCGCCAUCGACAGACGCUCCAACGAGACCAUCUUCACCAUCAACACCAGCAGGCCAGCGCAGCGCGCGCUCGUCAUCUACGGGCCAGCGCCGAUCGCCUCGGGCAGCCCGGAGGCGCAGGGCAGCGACGAGCUCGCCGCGAACGUCAGCAGCACCCUGUCGACGCCAACAUCAGCAGCAGCAGCAGCAGCAGCAGCAGCAGCAGCAGCCAACUCCUCGUCCGCGAGCCCCGGCACGAGCAGCAGGUCGGCGCUCGAUGCCCCGACGAGUCCAGCUUCCGCGGCGCCGCGGCACCAGCAGUCCGCCAGCACCGCGGACGCGCCCGGCGCCGAGCGCACCUGCCCCGCGGUGCCGCCCAACCUCGUUGGUCCGCUGGCGGUGAGCAAAGCCGCGCCGGAGGUGGCGGCCAUGGAAAAGGCGUGCGCCGGGGUGGAGCAGGGCGGCCGCGGAGCACCGAAGACCUGCGUGGCGCGCUACCGCGUGGCCAUUGUGGUGCCGUUCCGCGACCGCUUCCAGCACCUCAUGACACUGCUGUACAACCUGCACCCGCUGCUGCUGCGUCAGCAGCUCGACUACCAGAUCUUCGUGGUCGAGCAGGAAGGCAACGGCCAGUUCAACCGAGCAAUGCUAAUGAACGUCGGCUACGUGGAGGCCCUGAAGGAGCGGCCCUUCGACUGCUUCGUCUUCCAUGACGUGGACCUGUUGCCCGAGGACGAUCGCAACCUAUACAGCUGUCCCGAGCAGCCCAGGCACAUGUCCGUGGCCGUCGACAAGUUCAUGUACAGGCUGCCCUACAGCGACCUCUUCGGCGGCGUCUCAGCCAUGACCACCGAGCACUUUCGCCUGGUCAACGGCUUCAGCAACGUGUUUUGGGGCUGGGGCGGUGAGGACGACGACAUGGCCAACCGCAUCAAGACGCGAGGCCUCCACAUAUCCCGCUACCCGGCCAACAUCGCGCGCUAUAAGAUGCUCACCCACAAAAAGGAAAAGGCCAACCCCAAACGGUACGAGUUCCUGAAGACGGGCAAGAAGCGGUUCGUCAGCGACGGCCUGAGCAAUCUGCAGUACGAGGUGCUGGUGAAGAAGAAGCCCAAGCUCUACACGUGGUUCUUGGUGCGGCUGACGCCUCCUAACCAGCCGAGCUGAUGGUUACCCUGGAUCGUCGGGUGAACUCGCGGACGGGCCGGUGGUGUCGCGAGCCUCGAUCGAUCCGGGCGCUAAUGAGCCCCCCUCCCACUCCUGUCUCCGUCUCUGCCUCUCAAAUACCCAUAGCUGCACGCGUUGCGUGCGCGCGCGCGCGCGGGCAGACGGACUAGCGUUCGCUCUUCCUCCUUCUCCCGCGAUCCUUACUCACCUUUUCCACAGUCUCCUGAGAUUUUCCGGACGAUGCAUUUGUUCUUCAAUCUCUUCGGCCAUAUCUGCGCGUGCACUCGCUCGCCCAACCGUUCGUUCAUUUUACCUACCAACCGACUGUUGUUGUCGUCGACAUUUGUUUGGAAUUUUAUAUCCGUGUACAAUUUGUUCUGGCGGGAAUGGCAAAUGACAGGCGUGGAAGCGUGUGCCAAAAAACAGUCUUUACUGCUAUUUUUAAUCAACUGUUUAUGUUCUUUUUUUUUGUUUUUGGUUUGUUUUAUUUGUCAACGACAUAACGUAUAGACGAAGCGUUCUGACGAUAGACUCCAAUAUUUAUCUCGUAUUGUUAAUUACUAUUGGUACUAUUGUACUGCAAGUACAUUAUAUAGAUAUUAAGAGUCCUAAUGAUGCUUAAGUGUAUAUUAAUGAUUUCCUAAGCGAGAUGUAGGUGAUAAGCGAGGUGGUCGCUAUGUAGGAUCGAAUCUCCAGCGAUUUUUCGUUUUGUACGAGUUCUUUUUUUUAGCGUUUGUUUCACGUCGACGCAUAAUGAAUGAAAGUAUACGUGUAAGCCAUUAUUAUAUACAUGUUCUGUCUCCCAAGUGCCUUUACUUUGACGAAAAACUGACGCGCACUUUUUUCACCAUUGUAUACCAAGCGCAUUUACUCUUGGCUAAGUUUCCUCCAUUUCCCUCGCUGCUUUCGCGAAUUGCACCGGCUCUGCUCUAAGAAAAGACCGCCACGCGUCGCCGAGUAAUUUGUGUCAUUUCUCAUCCCUCGUCUUCGUAGUGCACCGAACCACCCGGGAAGAAAGAUCUAAACGGUCGAGGUACAUUGGAAGGAAGACAAGCGCCACGGCGCCCGUUUUCAGAACACAUACCAUACGAGCAUUUUAGCUUACUGAUUUCAUCAUCAUCGAGCGCAUAGCAACUCGGAGGCACAAAAUACUAGCUCGCACGAAGAAAUGACCCCCGAAAGACGUGACGCAUAAAUGAUGUUAUAUCAAAGACAACAAACAUUGCAGAUACACGCGCAAAAGCGCACAAUUCUCGUCUUCUGCAUUGUGUUAGAAAUCUCGGCGAGCAUUCUCUCAUUCGCGUGUUUACCGUUGCCUCAUUUCUCUCCAGGCCUUGUAGACGUUAAGUUUUAUCUGUAGUGAAUUUUGAACAAUCGCAGGAGCGCAAAUGGCCGGCGACGACGGCCCUUCGCCGCUGCGCACAGAAAUGCUGCUCGCCUAUGUUACGUCGGUGCUGUGAUUGUGAUGAUGCCCGGAGUUCGUUGUGAUUAAAUCGUUGCGAACGAAUUGCCUCCUCGUCAUUUUCAACGACAAAUCUGUUAUGUUUGGAGCGUGGCUGUACGACGCGAUUAUUGACUUUAAGCGCGUUCUCCGCCACAGUGCGUUGAUUUUUGCAAAAAAGAAAAAACAAGAAGAAAGCAAGACGAUCAAAUCUUGUAAAGUUUCAGUAUAUAAUAAAGAAAAAAACUGCAACACCACGAAAAAAACAGCAUUUAUCUCUCCAAUCUACAUCCGUCCCGAGCUUGACAAUGUGAAUUCACAUUGGCACGCAAAUAUUUCAAGUCUCUUAAAGCAGUGUAUAAACUUUCAGUGUUAUCAAGAGACAUUCCAAGUAAGUUUUGAAAAAAUGCUUAUUGGAGAGUUCUUCCUACUGGCUCGUAUCAGUUCUUCCGGCUCGACGAAGCACAACUCAAGAACUUUCGUGCCCCCGAGACUAACAAUAACCCGUGAAUUUAUCGAUAUCAUGUGUUCCCAU